AUGGCGGCGGCGGCGUCCGGCGCGUCCGUGGGGGCGGGGGCGGGGGCGGGGGCCAAGCCGGGGCGGCUGAACGUGCCGGCGGGGAUGGCGGGGUCGCUCCGCCUGGACGCCUCCUCCCCGGCCUCGUCCUCCUCCUCCGUGGCGCGCCUGCUCGAGAUCCCCAAGACGCCGUCGCCGUCCAAGGUCACCUACAGCGACCGCUUCAUCCCCUGCCGGACCUCGUCCCGCCUCCACAACUUCGCGCUCGCCGACCGCUCCUCCCCCGGCUCCGGCUCCAGGGACGACGGCAGCGCCUACUCGCGCCUCCUCCGCGCCGAGCUCUUCGGGGACGCCUCCUCCCCCGGCGGCGACAGGCAGGACUCCCCCGGCUCCAACAACCUCUUCCGCUUCAAGACGGACCGCUCCUCCGCGCCCUCCUCCCCCUUCGCCGAGAAGCUGGACUGCGCCGGCGGCGCCGGCUCCCCCACCCCCAAGAAGGCGCCCCGCAAGGUGCCCAAGACGCCCCACAAGGUGCUGGACGCGCCGUCCCUGCAGGACGACUUCUACCUGAACCUCGUCGACUGGUCCUCUCAGAACAUGCUCGCCGUCGGCCUCGGCACCUGCGUCUACCUCUGGUCCGCAUCCAGCAGCAAGGUCACCAAGCUGUGCGAUCUGGGGCCGAGGGACAGCGUCUGCGCCGUGCACUGGACGCGCGAGGGCUCCUACCUCGCCGUCGGCACCAGCCUUGGAGAUGUCCAGAUUUGGGAUAGCUCUCGCUCUAAGCGGAUUAGGAACAUGGGAGGGCACCAGACCCGGGCGGGGGUGCUAGCUUGGAACUCAACCAUCUUGUCCUCCGGCAGCAGGGACAAGAACAUAUUGCAGCAUGACAUCCGUGUCCCUACUGACUACAUCAGCAAAUUUUCUGGCCACAGAUCAGAGGUCUGUGGGCUGAAAUGGUCGCACGACGACCGCGAGCUUGCGUCUGGCGGAAAUGACAACCAGCUUCUAGUAUGGAACCAGCGGUCGCAGCAGCCGGUGCUGCGACUGACAGAACAUACCGCAGCGGUUAAAGCGAUAACAUGGUCACCCCACCAGCACAGCCUGGUGGCGUCAGGAGGUGGGACGGCUGAUAGGUGUAUCAAGUUCUGGAACACUGCUAAUGGAAAUAUGCUCAACUCAAUUGACACAGGCAGCCAGGUUUGUAACCUUGCCUGGUGCAAGAAUGUGAAUGAGCUUGUGAGUACCCAUGGGUACUCACAGAACCAAAUAAUGGUGUGGAAGUAUCCAUCUAUGUCAAAGGUUGCGACUCUUACUGGACACACACUGCGUGUGCUUUACCUGGCAACGUCCCCCGAUGGACAGACAAUAGUAACAGGAGCUGGCGACGAAACUCUUAGAUUCUGGAACAUUUUCCCUUCAAUGAAAGCGCAGGCUCCCGCUCGUGAUGCUGGGCUCUUUUCUUUUCCGAGAAGCCACAUCCGGUGA